GCUGAGGCGGCCACAGAGGGGACCGGGGUGGGAGGGCUGGCUGCGGGUAGCCCCAGUCCCCACCAGUGCCAGCGUGCGGGUAAGGUCCCUCGGCAGCAGCGUGACACACGGCUGCGUGACACACGGCGUCCCGUGCCCGGGUAGCGGCAGCCAGGAUUUCACAAACCCGAUACGAGCGUCCCUGGGGACAGGGGUGGAAAACUGUGUCACCGAGCAGGAAAAGUCCCGUGCCCGCGUCUGUGCCUGCGGGGUGCCAGCACGGGUGUUGGCGUGGGAUCCCAUCGGCGUCCGACCCGCCGGGGUGUGCGCCUGGCCCGGCGUUGCGGGGUGUUUCCCCGGCUGAGGCUUGGCUGUCAGAGCGGGGUCGGUGCCGGAGCCAGGAUUUUAAGGCCUGGCAUGCGCGGGGUCCCCACAGACGCCAGGGGCUUGGGUGCUGCUGGCACAGGGGGAAGGCGAGGUUUUGCUCGGGCUCCAGCUGCGGAGCCGGAACGCUUAUUGCAAAGCUUCCAUAUAUUUCCCCAGGGCGAGGGCUCCCCAUCCCAGCAGGAGGAUUUUUUUUGGGGGGGAGGACGGCGCUUGGGCAGCGGGCGAGCUUGGUCUGGAGGAAAGGCCACGUUCCCUGAUGAGUGAAAAACAUGGCUGGGUGAAACCAAAUAACACCAAAACCCCCCAAACUUGUUGAGCUUCCCUCUGGGAAGACAGCUGGCCUUCGAGCUGGAGGAGGCAGUUUUGCCCCCCCUUAUCUGGGGGUCCCCCGCUGGGCCAGGGGCCAGGGGCUCUCCUGUUUCCAACACAGCCCCGAGCAUCCCAGCCAGGGUGGUGAGCGGGACGGGAAGUUGCUCAGCGCCUUGGGCUUGGUGUUCCUUUUUCUUCCCCUUUUAUCGGAGCCAGAUGUCACAUCCACAACAGUGAAGCAUGGGGCUGGGGGGGGGCUGCGUUGGCUGCCAUGCCCACCCCAGCCAUGCAUGUGCCCGUCUGUCCGUCUGUCUGUCCCCAUCUGGCAGCGAGCAGCAGCCCCGCUGCCGGUUGCAUGUGGCAGCUGCCUGUCAAAAGCGUUUCCCUCUCCUCCGAGGAGCUCAUGGCGGUUCUCGGGAAAGGCAAGACGCGCUCCGCUCGCCCACCCACGCCUCGCCGGCGCCGAAGGCGGGCAGGGAGAGCAGGCGGGGAGAGCAGGCGGGGAGAGCCCCGGCAGCCGCACGCCGGAGGGAACCGACUCAGGCUUGAAUUUUCAUGCCCAAACAAGCUCCAAACUGCCGCUUUUCAGCGAAAGGCUCCGGCGGCACCGAGGGCGCGAUGGUUUCCCCGUUGGCUCUCGGCACGCUGGAUGCCGCCCGGCUUGGCCCACACCAAGGUCCCGGCAUCUUAAUGGCUUUCAUCUCCUGCCGUUACAUUUAAUUCUUGCAAGAAAGAGUGCAAACUGCUAAUUGCUCUCCAGCGACUCGGCUGGCUUUGGUGCUUCUCAGCGAGCUGUGUUUUAUUGGAGCCCGCCAGUCCCCGGGGGCUUGGGAUGUGGCGGGAGAGGCUGGGAACCUUCUGCCCCUGCCCUGCUGGGCUCCGCAUCAGGCUCCAGGGGGAUCUCUCGGCUCCACAUCACUCUUUGCCAUCGGCAUCUCCCAAAAGCUCUUUUGGAGACUGCAAGAGAUUUGGGCCCCAGCUCCACAGCAAAGUUCCCAAAGAUACCCCCAAAACUGCACAUGGAUGAAUGGCCGGUAUCAUCGUGGCCGUGCUCCCGAGCCAGCGGUAAAGGGCAGCGUGCCAGCGGAUCAGCUAAACCCCAGGGACGAUGAGCACCGUCGCAGCGGAGAGCCAGCUGGGGCCGGGACCCGGAGGAGCCGCUGAGGCACGGUGCUGCGGCUGAGGCCGGUGUGCUGAGCUGUGCCGGACUCCUGUGCCGCUGCAGCUGGCAGCAGAUGCUCUCUACCCGGCACGUGGAGCCGCCGGGGGCCCUCGCCACGGCCGGACCACGCGGAUGGAAAGCUGCAGCCCAGCAGCUCUCGGUCCCACAGGGAGCCUCGCUGGCCGGCUGACGCCAUCCCGCGCCCUAUGCCCGAGCCCUAUGCCGGAGCGGGCCCCCUCCCCGGCUCAGCCGCCCGCCGACCAUGAAGUGCUCGUUGCGCUUCUGCUUCCUUUCAACUGCCUUCCUGCUCGUCUUCGUCAUGUCCCUCCUCUUCACCUACUCCCACCACAGCAUCGCCUACCUGGACCCCGGCGGGCUGGGCAGCAUUCACCGGGUGAAGCUGGUGCCCGGCUAUGCUGGCAUGCAGCGGCUCAGCAAGGGGGGGCCGUACCCCCGGGGCUGCACCUGCCGCCGCUGCCCGGCCGAGGAGGCCGGGGCUACCGACUGGUUUGAUGGGCGCUACGAUGGCACCGUCUCCCCGGUGUGGACCAAGGAGAACAUGGACCUGCCGCCCGAUGUCCAGAGGUGGUGGAUGAUGCUGCAGCCCCAGUUCAAGUCCCACAACACCCACGAGGUCCUGAGCAAGCUCUUCCAGAUCGUGCCGGGCGAGGAUCCCUACCGCUCCCGCGACCCACACCGCUGCCGCCGCUGCGCCGUGGUCGGCAACUCGGGCAACCUGCGCGGCUCCGGCUACGGGCCAGAGAUCGACGGGCAUGACUUCGUCAUGCGGAUGAACCAGGCCCCUACGGUGGGCUUUGAGGGCGACGUGGGCAGUCGGACCACACACCAUUUCAUGUACCCCGAGAGUGCCAAGAACCUGCCCGCCAACGUCAGCUUCGUGCUGGUGCCCUUCAAAACCCUGGACCUGCUCUGGAUCGCCAGUGCCCUGUCCACCGGCCAGAUCAGGUUCACAUACGCGCCCGUGAAACCUUUUCUGCGGGUGGACAAAGAAAAGGUGCAGAUCUACAAUCCUGCCUUCUUCAAGUACAUCCACGACCGCUGGACGGAGCACCACGGGCGCUACCCCUCCACUGGCAUGCUGGUGCUCUUCUUUGCCCUCCACGUCUGCGACGAGGUGAACGUCUUUGGGUUCGGCGCUGACAGCCGGGGCAACUGGCACCACUACUGGGAGAACAACCGCUACGCCGGGGAGUUCAGGAAGACGGGGGUGCACGACGCCGACUUUGAGGCGCACAUCAUCGACAUGCUGGCUAAAACCAGCAAGAUCGAGGUUUACCGGGGGAACUGAGGGCUGCGUCUCCUCCGGCUCCCCUGCGCUAGCUGGGUCCCGGCUGCCCGCGGGGGCAGAUGGCGAGGGUCUCCCCGGUGGCCUCGGGCGAUGAGCGCCGGGUGGGCAGUGCGGCCCCGCACCACUGACAGAGCCGCCCCCGGCGAUAUUUGGUGCCUCCAGCAGCCAAUCAGGUUCAGAGCUAAAGGAGACUUUUUGCUUUUUUUUAAUUAUUAUUAAUUAUUAUUAUUAUUAUUAUUAUUAUUAAGAAACCCAGCUGAGAAAGGAUUUGUAAACACAAUCAGCAACUGACCAGGCGGUGGGGGCAUCCGCCUCACAUCUCUUUACAGUCAAACCAAAUGCUGCUCUUUUUAAAAAAAGACAAAAAACCACCCCACCCCCCGAAGCCGGGUGACUUUGGGGAGCACCCAAGCAUUACAUCCGGGCCGAGGGAGACAUGGCGGCUGAGCAGCCUCGCCAGUGGAACCAGCUGCUUCUUUCUUCCUUUAUUUUGAUAUUUUUUUUUUUUUUUUUACCCACCUGGGGCAGCCGCCACAGUCACUUCCCUGGGGAAGGCUCCCAGCACACAAGCAGGUCCCAGCGCGGCUGCAAGCGCAUGGACCCAUCACAGGGAGCUGGCAGCCACGGGAAGCCGACCGUCACCGAUGCUCCACUGCAGGCUGGUGGCUGCUGGCACAGCCGGGCUGGGAGAUGGAGAGGAACCCCGGCUUCGGGGCUGAGCAUCCCCUCUUCUCUACCUGAAGAUUGCGGAAGGGUAGGACGGAUUUCAGGGGCAACCAUGUAAAAGGCAGCUAAGAAAUCUGCAGGAGCUGACGCCCGGUCCCUCUGGCCGGGCUCCCUCGCAGGAUGCUCGAGGGAUGUGGGAUGCAACGGUGGGUCCUGCCCCACCGGAGGGAAGGAGACGUGAUUUCCCUUCACUUUCAGGCUGGGAAAAACCAGAUUAGAGAUAGCUUUAGUGGGUGAAUGAACCGUGCUUUUGUGUUGCUAUAAACAGACAGCUCUGGUGAGAAGCUGAAAUCCCAAAGUCUUUGCUCCGUUUGUGAGGGUGGGGCUUGGUUUACACCGGUCUAGUACAGCCGGUGCCCUCAGGGUCGCCGGGGGCUUUUCGGGCUGGACAGGCUGCCCUGCGGCGUGGGACGGGGUGCUGCAGAAGGAAACUGCCUCCCCAGAGGUGUAAUUAAAACCACUUUCUUUGGGUCAAUCAGGCGGGUGGGUUAGUUUUGGUUUUGUUUUUUUUUUAGUAGAUAUGAAAAGCUCAAGAAAAAGGCAAUCACGGCAAAGUUCCCCCAGAGAGGGACCCUCCGCCUGCACAGCUGGUGACGAUGAUGGGUGCCUGGCAUGGCAGUGACACAAGCCCCAAGGUGCCAAGACUAUGGCAGGGGUUGCAGCGCUGGAGCCCAGCCAGGGGAAGCCCUGCCCAUACCACCUGGUUGCAAUAGUUACUUGAGGAACAAUCAUCAUAGGUUUUUUUGGGCUUGGAGGGGUUUUUUUACCCUUUUGUAUCUGGCUUUUCUGUAGCAGCCUCUUACCUGUUUCUCUGCUUCGGUUUGGUUGUUUUUCAGGGUUUUUGUUCUCUUUUUUUUUGAGGUUUCUCUCUCUGCAAUCGUGAAACAUGAGGGUUUGGGUCACCUGGAGCAGGCAGUGUGCAUCUCCUGGGCUGGGCAAAUUCAUCUUUUCUGUCUGCAGGGCUUUGAAGCCCUGAGUUUCGUGGUGGGUUUUGGUAGAAGCGGUGCCACCCUGGCACGAGCAGCCUGCCUGCGACCGCCACGGCCAGCUCUGAAUCCUGGGAUGCAGAGGCAGGUUGCAGCAAGCCUCAGUCUCCACCUUCCUGGGUUGUUUUUUUUUUAGGGGAAGAAAAAUAAAAAACACAAAACCAUGAGCAACAAUGAGUGCCUUGACCAUCUCUUGUCGGCUAUGCCAGGCUGUGCCCGCACCCGCACCGGUGGUAGGGGCUUGGCCGAUUUAUCUGGCAGUCGUACCUGCUUCCCUCCUUGCGCCAGGCUGGAUCUUAGCUGGGAAGUGCUGCUGGGGGAAGAGGGAUGCAUCCAGGCCACCACUCUGGUGGCUGGAGAGGCCAAAUCCAGCGUGAUGAGGCUGGACCAGUUCCUGUCCCAGCUGAGCAGAGCCAGGCCAGACAAUCACAGGGCGAGCGAAGGCGCCAGGUACCAAACCCGCCAGCAGCACAAGGCCGGCAUCCGGCGAAGGGCGCGCUCAUGGCUCCUUGCUGCCCUAUUUUUUUUUUUUUGGCUAACUUCCUUCCCCUAGCCCCCCCCCUUUUUUUAAUUAUUAUGAUUAUGAUUAUUAUUUUUAUUAUUAUUAUUUAAGCUGUCCCGCUAGGACUCGCGACCCCUUCUGUUUCUCUCGCAGAGUGGCUGCCAGCCCCACGCACGAGGAACAUGCUGCACGCCUGGCGGGGAGGGGGCCGCGGGUGUGCCGCCGAGGAGGAGCACCACUGUACUGUACAUAGAGGAGAUGUAGGCAGAGGCUACAGGCAGGGGGGCAGGCAGGGAGGAGGUGCCCAGGCUUGCCCACCUGGCAGAGGUAGUCUUCAUCACGCGGUGCCUGAUCGAGCGCCCGUCGCCUCCCACUCCGCCAGGAGAGGGAGAGACCAGUUGCUCCGACCUAGAGCUAGCAGGCAGGUGGCUUCGCCCGUAGCCUCUGUGUACAUGGGUACUUCUGCACACAACUGUCUUAAAACAACUUUUUUUUUUUAAAAGUCAAUAAAAAACAUGCAUCGGAA